AUCAAUAGCGGUGAAUAUAGAGCUGCCUAUGAAGACAGUUAAAUAUCUGGGAAGUUGCAAUAUAAGACAUAAAUUAUCAUUUGUAGAUAAAACCAUGUGACAUACCACUAAACUGGGAAGUUUAAUGAGGAAAAUAAGCAAGGAUCAGGGAUUCAUUGACAAUAAAGAUGAUAAAUGGAUUAAUUUUUGGAUAAAUAGAAUCAAUAAAUACAACAAAGAUUACAACAGGAAAGAAUAUGACAAAUUUAUUGAUAAUCAUAAGGAACUUACUAUUCCUACACACGAUCUCUUCAGUGACACAUGGAUAAAGAAUGCUAAAGAAGUAUUUAAAAAGAGAAUCAAAAUAGAUAAAAACUAUUUACAAGCACAACGGCUACGUAAAAUCCAAGAUAGUAUAGAAAAUCGGUGCAAUAUAAUACAUUCAGAUAUUCCUAAAUGGUUACACUCCACACAAGACAACGUUAAAGAACACAUUAUAAUUGAUAGAGCAGUAAUUUCUAAUGAGAAUGAAGGUGUUAGAUUAGCCCUUGAUCCUAAUACAAUUAGAACCCAUGCAAAAGAUACUUUUGCAGGAAUUCUACGAAAACGCAAUACUAAGUCAAUAGAACAGGACGUUUUCUGGAGUAAUAUAUAUAGGCCGAAAGGGGAAUUCACUGAAUGUAUGGCUAACCUAAUGGACGAGAUAACAAUAGGAGAAUGGCACCAAACACUAGAACUAUUAUAUUUUAUUAAAAUUCAUUAA